AUGACCCACAACAUCGUUUACAUCACACUCUGAAGUCUACUUUGAAAUCUUCUCCUCGCUAUACAAAUAAUAUUACUUUUUAAAAAAGAAAAAAGAAAAAUCUAUUAGUUAAUUACCAAUUUUCCAUUUUGCUUGCAUAAGAAAGAUCCACUCUGUUUGUUAGAUAGAUGUUAGGUGUUUUGAUUUGUUGUAAUGGAUUAGUUAGGCAUUUUUGCAUAGUCUAAGACCAAAUUGAUCUUGAAUUUUUUUUCUUCUUUUUUUUUUUUUUUUCUUUCUUUCUUGUUUGCUCUCUUUCCUUUCACCUUCUGAUCCUAAGAAUAUGUCAAUCUUAAGCAAAACUAAUAAUGAAAACAAUGCUCCUUUCUUCCAUGAAUUCAAAAAACAAGCUUCUUUCUUCUUGAAGGAGAAGAUUAAGACUGCUAGAUUGGCUCUUACAGAUGUUACACCAGCUCAGUUAUGGACAGAAGAAGCUUCCAGUGGAAAUCCAUGGUCACCUGAUACUCGUACCUUGGGUUCGAUUUCCAGAGCUGCUUUCGAACUCGAUGAUUAUACAAGGAUAGUGGAGAUCUUGCACAAAAGAUUGAAUAAGUUUGAAAGGAAAAAUUGGAGGGUGUCUUACAAUUCUCUGAUUGUUCUAGAGCAUUUGUUGACUCAUGGACCAGAGAGUGUUUCAGAGGAGUUUCAGGGUGACAAAGAUGUCAUUAAAGAGAUGGAAAGCUUUCAGUAUAUAGAUGAGAACGGAUUCAAUUGGGGACUUGCUGUUAGAAAGAAAUCAGAGAGAAUACUGAAACUACUCCAAAAAGGUCCUCUUCUCAAAGAAGAGAGAGAUAGAGCUAGGAAGCUAAGCAGAGGGAUUCAAGGGUUUGGAAGUUUUUGCCAAAGAUCAUCUUCAACACAAGGAGUUCUAAGAGAAACACCAAUUGUAGGAUAUGGAAGAAGUAAUUCAGAAUUCCACAGCCAUGAAAGUCAGGAAAAUCAGCUCCUUUCUUCAAAGGAAGAAAAUUUGACCUUCAAGUCUGAAAAUUCAAGCCAAAGCCAAGGAAAAUUGAAUCUGACUAUUGAGUACAGGACGGAAACAGAAAAUUCAAAUUCUUUGGGCAGUUUUGAUAAUCACCAGGUGGCUGAGAAAACUGAGAUAAAUUUCAAAGAAAACUUGGCUCCAAAAAAGGAAGAGACACAUAGAUGGAACUGCACUGGAGAAUCUAAUCCACUUUUGGACGAUAAGAAUAUUGAAACCACAAAUGGGAAUUCAACAGAAGAUGAUGAUCAUCCUUUCAAUGAAACAGGGUAUCAAGCCAGUGCCUCACUGCUUUCUGCAAGCUAGGGAAUGCAAGGACAUUGAUGGGAUUUUCGUAAAGUUUAUUUCUACAACAUGUGGAAACUUCGUUGUUCUUCUGAGGUUUUUUGGUUGCUCUUUGGCUGUAGUACAUGCGAGGACAUAAGAGUUUGUACUGUGUACUAAAAAUUAUGGUACUACCAAUCUCUUCUUUUGCUUUUAUAAAGAGUUUACAUAUUGACAAUACAAAUAUAUAAAUUUGGUCCGGUCAAUUAAGGAACAAAAAGUAGAAAAGGUUGAAUUGCA